ACGAAUAAGAUUGACUUUGGAGGAUUUCGAGUCUCCCGUGGACUAGUCUUGACAUUCAGGGAAACCACGUUUCGUGUUAUCGUUCUUGAUUUACUUUGACAACUAUCCCACUUCCCAGCUGAAACCUAUCCCCAUCCAUGGCGUCCACCAUAUUCAGCACUUCGUCGAGUCUCCCUACUGCUGUGAAAGGCUUGGAUUGCAACACCUACAAACCCACCCUGGGCAAUUUUCCUUCUUCGUCUUCUCCGGCUCCGAAGCCGCUGUUUCCGGUGGUGAGAGCGACCAGCGAUGGACCGGUGAAGACGGGAUUGAGCGAUGCUGAAUGUGAAGCAGCAGUUGCCGCAGGGAACGUCCCCGAGGCGCCUCCUGUCCCGCCCACACCCCUUGCUCCCGCCGGGACUCCCGUGGUUCCUUCGCUUCCACUUUCCAGGCGCCCUCGUCGAACUCGAAGAUCACCUGCGCUUAGAGCAGCGUUUCAGGAAACCAGUAUAUCGCCGGCGAAUUUUGUUUAUCCACUUUUCAUUCACGAAGGCGAGGAGGACACGCCUAUUGGGGCAAUGCCGGGAUGUUAUAGGUUUGGAUGGAGACAUGGACUGUUGGAAGAGGUUGCAAAGGCCCGGGAUGUUGGUGUGAACAGUAUUGUACUCUUCCCCAAAGUUCCUGAUGCCUUGAAGACCCCUACAGGAGAUGAAGCUUAUAAUGAAUAUGGUCUAGUUCCAAGGACCAUCCGAAUGCUAAAGGACAAAUUCCCUGGUAUUGUUAUUUAUACUGACGUGGCUCUCGAUCCGUAUUCCUCUGAUGGGCAUGAUGGUAUUGUGAGAGAAGAUGGAGUCAUAAUGAAUGAUGAGACAGUACACCAACUGUGCAAGCAAGCUGUUGCACAGGCUCGAGCAGGAGCUGAUGUUGUUAGUCCUAGUGACAUGAUGGAUGGCCGUGUUGGAGCUAUCCGUGAUGCUCUUGAUGGUGCAGGAUUUCAGCAAGUUCUAAUCAUGUCCUACACAGCAAAGUAUGCUAGUUCUUUCUAUGGCCCUUUCCGUGAAGCACUGGACUCAAAUCCACGUUUCGGUGAUAAAAAGACUUAUCAGAUGAACCCUGCAAAUUACAGAGAGGCUUUGGUUGAGGUUCAUGAAGACGAAUCUGAAGGAGCUGAUAUUCUCCUGGUCAAGCCUGGUCUUCCGUAUCUCGAUAUCAUCCGGCAAAUCAGAGACAACUCACCUUUGCCGAUCGCUGCAUAUCAGGUCUCUGGGGAAUACUCGAUGAUUAAGGCGGGUGGGAUUCUUAAAAUGAUUGAUGAAGAGAAGGUAAUGAUGGAGUCCCUGUUGUGUCUCCGAAGAGCUGGCGCUGACAUCAUCCUCACCUAUUUCGCUCUGCAAGCUGCUAGAUGUUUGUGUGGCGAAAAGAGGUAAAAUGGCAGUGAACCGUUUUUUUUUUUUUUUUUUUUUUGUAAACUUACUAGACUAGGUUGACAUUUUGAAAUUGAGUGCCACUCACAUUGUAUAAAAAGGGAGUAGGGAGAGGGAUGAUAUGUCAUUCGUAGUGUUGAUCAUUCUAUAUUUGUUUGGACUAAAUGAUAUAUGAUCUACUCUAAACAAUUCGAGUUGUAUCUAUUUGUAUCUAUUAGAGUUUUCUGUGUCUUGUGUUUGAAUUUCCAUAACUCCAAUUUAUUAAGCACAUGAGUCUAUGCAAAUUUCAAGCCCAAUGAGUUUGCUUUUGUUUGAGGCAGUGUGUUAGUAAAUGAUAUAUGAUCCA